AGCUGCUAAAGAAAAACUAUUUACCAAAUCAGAAGAGUGAAAAGGGAAAGCUGAGUAGAGGAAAGGACAUGGGCGAGAGACACGGGAUCGGAGAAUGCCUUGGAGCGGAGGGUAUGCCAGAAACCGAGGACAGGAACGCUCACAGCGACAGGAUGAAUCAAAGAUCCAAGGAAGGGGGUAAGGGAGGGUGUAUCCGUUGUACUGCCCAGACAGGAAAAGCAAGAGUGUUUACAGGGGAAAAAAGAGAAGAUGAUACGAGGUACGGUCAAGCUGGUGCAGUUCGAGAGGGGUUGGCCCCCAGAGGUGUAACAGUGGAAAAAGGUAGGAGCUAUGCGGAUGUGGUACGAGGUCUCAACGACAAGGUUGAAAGUAAUGGCAUAGAUGGUAAACAGCUAGAGGGUGUGGAAAGCAUAAAACAGGGGGUGGCUUCCUACUUUGAAAACCUGCUUAAGGAAGAGGACUGGACAAGACUUAGACUGGAUGGGAUCCAUUUUAAUCAGAUCUCAGAGUCAGAAAAUAUUUUAUUGACUGCACCAUUCAGCGAAGAAGAAGUAAGGAAAGAAAUAUGGGGUUCUGAUGGCUCUAAAGCACCUGGACCUGAUGGUUGUAAUCUUGGUUUUUUCAGAAACAUGUGGGAGGUGAUCAAGCCUGUUGUCUUAGCAUUUGUCAAUGAGUUUCAUAGUAAAGGUUGACUGGUGAAAGAGAUAAAUUCCUCUUUUGUGGUGCUUAUUUCCAAAACAAUGAAUCCACAAUAGAUUG